UUUUCAAGAAAUUUGUAUAUAAAUAGGAGGAACUGAUCAUAGGCUUGACAGAGUUAAGUUGAAAUAAUAUGGAGGGUAGAAAUACAAAGAUGGGAAUGGAAGGGGAGGAAAUGUUAAGAGCUCAAGCUCACAUAUGGAACCACAUUUUCAGCUUCAUCAAUUCCAUGGCUUUGAAAUGUGCCGUCGAACUCCGCAUUCCAGACGCCAUCAACCGCCAUGGCUCACCCAUCACCCUUUCUCAACUCCUUUCUUCUCUCCAAAUUCACCCUCGAAAGUCCCAACACGUCCGUCGUAUAAUGCGUAUAUUGGUUCACUCCGGCUUCUUCCUAAUACACAACAAAACUACCCAACAAGGAGAUGAUGAUCAAGAUCAAGAAGAAGCAUACUCCCUCACCAAUCCAUCUCUUCUUCUUCUUCAACACAACCCUUUAACUUUGUCUCCCUUUUUGCUUUUCAUGCUCGAUCGAGUCCUCAUAGAGCCAUGGCAAUUUGUGUCGGCCUGGCUCCUUAACGACACCGAUAAUCGAACCCCAUUUGAAAUGGCUUACGGGAAGAAAUUUUGGGAGUAUAUGGGGAGUGAGACAAAAGAUGGGGAGGGUUUUAAUGCAGCUAUGGGUAGUGAUGGGAGGUUGGUGAUGAGUGUUUUGUUGGAGAAAUAUAAAAGUGUGUUUGAGGGAGUUGAGUGUUUGGUUGAUGUGGGAGGUGGGACUGGAACUGUGGCAAAAAUCAUUGCUGAAGCCUUUCCACAAAUAAAAUGUGUUGUUUUUGACCUUCCUCAAGUUGUGGAUGGCUUGGAAGGAAACCAUAACUUGAUGUUUCUUCAAGGGGACAUGUUUCAAGCCAUUCCCCCUGCUGAUGCACUUCUAUUGAAGUGGAUAUUGCAUGAUUGGACCGAUGAAGAAUGUAUAAAGAUACUGAAGAAAUGUAAAGAGGCAAUCACAAGCAAUGGAAAGAUUGGAAAAGUAAUUAUAAUUGAUAUGGUGGUAACCAAUAAUAAAAAGAUGAAGAAUGAUAAGUUGAUGAUCGAAUGUAAAUUUUUUUGGGACUUGUUGAUGAUGGUUAAUGUAGGUGGAAAGGAAAGGGAUGAGAAAGAGUGGGCUCAAUUGUUCCAAUUAGCUGGGUUUUCUACCUACAACAUCUUUCCAAUAUUAGGUUUAAGGUCUCUCAUAGAGCUUUAUCCAUAAUGUUGUCUCUCUUUAAAUGUUUUGAAAUUUGAGUUUGAAGAACUAUAUAUUUUAAUGUAUGAAUAAAUUAAGUGUGAUUUUAUGUUGAUUGUAGUAGUUAAACAAGAGCAAGUUUGGGAUUGUUGAGUUUGUGUGUUGUGAUAAA